AUGAUGACGACGUGCUGUCUGCUGUGCGCCCUGUUGGUGCUUGCCCUGUGCUGCUGCCCGUCCGUGUGCGACGCAGACAUUACCCCGACUGCACCUCAAACCAAGGGAAAAGGCGCCAGCCUGCCGUCCAUUACACCUGGGACUAAGCCUAAGUCUCAGGAUUCCGCCGAAGCAAGUCCAUUGCUCUCUUCAGAAGAAGGCUCUAGUCUGGAUCCGAAAACUGACGUUGGUACGAGGGGAAAGGAAACCAGUCUGCCGUCCGGUGGAGCAGAGGGAACACUUCGGAGCAGCGGUGAGUCAGGUUCACGGAGCCAGGAGUCCGGUGCGGCACAGGGAAACACCGCCAGUUCAUUGCCCCCUGCACCAGCCACUGAGCCUAGCAAGAAAACUGAGACGGAUCCGGGGGAUAAAGAUAAUUCUAAAAAUACCAUGACGCUUGAGGAUCCUUCCAAGACGACCACCACGACCACUACAACAAAAGCACCAACCACGACCACCACCACUGCGCCAGAGGCAACAAGUACUACGACUACAGAGGCACCAACCACCACGACCACCCGCGCACCGUCACGCCUUCGCGAAAUCGACGGCAGCCUCAGCAGCUCUGCGUGGGUGUGUGCUCCGCUGCUCCUCGCUGUAUCCGCGCUGGCGUACACCACUCUGGGCUGA